AUGAAUGAGCCGGAGCGGCGGAGCCCGGCUGCCCGCGGCCGCGCUCACCGGCCCGGGACGCUUCCGCAUGGCCCGCGAGGAGCCGGCGCCCGUGGCGGUGGCGGCUGCCGGGCAUCCCGGGGGCGACCGGGGCGGCGAGCGCAGGCGGGCGUUGCAGGGGCCAGGGGCCGCCCGCAGGGGGCGGCCGUCUUUGAGCCGCGUUAAACUGCACGGGCUGCGGCACAUGUGCGCCGGGCGCACGGCGGCGGGGGGCUCCUUCCAGCGGCGGGCGCUGUGGGUGCUGGCCUUCUGCACGUCCCUGGGCUUGUUGCUGUCCUGGUCCUCGAACCGCCUGCUCUACUGGCUCAGCUUCCCAUCGCACACCCGGGUGCACCGCGAGUGGAGCCGCCAGCUGCCCUUCCCUGCCGUCACUGUGUGCAACAACAAUCCGCUGCGCUUCCCGCGCCUCUCCAAGGGGGACCUCUACUACGCCGGCCACUGGCUCGGGCUGCUGCUGCCCAACCGCACCGCGCGCCCGCUGGUCAGCGAACUGCUGCGGGGGGACGAGCCGCGCCGCCAGUGGUUCCGCAAGCUGGCGGACUUCCGCCUCUUUCUGCCGCCGCGCCACUUCGAGGGCAUCAGCGCCGCCUUCAUGGACCGCCUGGGCCACCAACUCGAGGACAUGCUCCUCUCCUGCAAGUACCGCGGCGAGCUCUGCGGCCCACACAACUUCUCCUCUGUGUUUACAAAAUAUGGGAAGUGUUACAUGUUUAACUCAGGCGAGGAUGGCAAGCCUCUGCUCACCACGGUCAAGGGGGGGACAGGAAACGGGCUGGAGAUCAUGCUGGACAUUCAGCAAGAUGAGUACCUGCCCAUCUGGGGAGAGACAGAGGAAACGACAUUUGAAGCGGGAGUGAAAGUUCAGAUCCACAGUCAGUCUGAGCCACCUUUCAUCCAAGAGCUGGGCUUUGGGGUGGCUCCAGGGUUCCAGACUUUCGUGGCCACACAAGAACAGAGGCUCACAUACCUGCCCCCACCCUGGGGCGAGUGCCGAUCCUCAGAGAUGGGACUCGACUUCUUUCCUGUUUACAGCAUCACCGCCUGUAGGAUUGACUGUGAGACCCGCUACAUUGUGGAGAACUGCAACUGCCGCAUGGUCCACAUGCCAGGGGAUGCCCCUUUCUGUACUCCUGAGCAGCACAAGGAGUGUGCAGAGCCUGCCCUAGGGCUGCUGGCGGAAAAGGACAGUAAUUACUGCCUGUGCAGGACACCCUGCAACCUGACCCGCUACAACAAAGAGCUCUCCAUGGUGAAGAUCCCCAGCAAGACGUCAGCCAAGUACCUUGAGAAGAAAUUUAACAAAUCAGAGAAAUAUAUCUCAGAGAACAUCCUUGUUCUGGAUAUAUUUUUUGAAGCUCUCAAUUAUGAGACAAUUGAACAGAAGAAGGCAUACGAAGUCGCUGCCUUACUUGGUGAUAUUGGUGGUCAGAUGGGAUUGUUUAUUGGUGCUAGUAUCCUUACAAUACUAGAGCUCUUUGAUUAUAUAUAUGAGCUGAUCAAAGAGAAGCUAUUAGACCUACUUGGCAAAGAGGAGGAAGAAGGAAGCCACGAUGAGAAUGUGAGCACUUGUGAGACGAUGCCAAACCACUCUGAAACCAUCAGCCACACUGUGAAUGUGCCCCUGCAGACGGCUCUGGGGACCUUGGAGGAGAUUGCUUGCUGACAGCCCACAGAGCACCCAGCACCCCGCCCCUGCCCCCCAACCCAAACAGACCUUAUGGCCCAAGAACUAGGUUGGGGCCAACAGGCUCUGGUGGGAUGGCCCCUGAUGACAGAAGGAAGCAAGAGCCCCCAUGUACGCAUAGCAAACUGUCUGCUGAAACCUCACCCUGGCCACGUCCGAUGACAGGACAAUAAUGUCCUCAGGCCUCACCGCCAUGCGUCCCUCUUAGGAGAAACGUGUCCCGCUCUGGAACUGUCCCAGAAUCAGCCUGCCAUCACAUCUCACUGCCAGAUGUACAAAGUACCUGCAUGCUCAGACUGCUCACGGCACCUCCUCCAUGUCUAUCUGUGUACAUGGCCCACCUCAGUGUGCAGUUUCUAGCCUCCAUGCUGCGGCCACGCAGUGGGACCUGGUUCUAGCCCCCAAGUCACCCUGAGGCCAUGCUAGAAUCAGAACUGCACAACACAGAGGGACACGGCAGAACUCUCAACUACGUUCAGUCCUUGUGUAGUUUGUGAAGGUUCUUAACCUGCCCACAGAGCUCUCCCCAGCCCACCCUAUGCGCCCCCACCCAGCCUAUGGGUGACCAGGACCACCCCAUCCACUCCCACAGUGCCUGUGACUGGAGGCAUGGUGGCCUGGGUGACUCUGGCCCUCGCCCCUGGCGCCAUGUUGUCAUUCUGCUCUCCCCCGUGACACGCUUGUACAGUCUGGUUCUGUUUCUUUGGGGGGCCUUUUCUGUCUGUCUGUCGGAGAUCUGUUUCAUUUUGUUUUGUUUUCUGAUUUUCAGUUUUGAUGUUCAGAGGUUUGGUUUGUUUGUUUGUUUCCCAUUUUCUUUAGUGUUUAUUUAUUCGUGCUUCCAAUCACGGUCAUAUUAAAAGCUGGUCUUGUGGAAA